AUGGCGAUUUUCCUUCUUGUGGCGCUCUCCACAGUCCACAUUGCGUCAUGUGUGGUUAAACGCCCGGGCUCCUUUGACGAGGCCGGCUGCCAAUUCAUCGGCUACCUUCCCGGCAAGUCCGGCGACUGCGACAGGAACAACAAUCCGGACUGCUGCGUGGACGGCCAGCAGUACCAGCAGUUCCUCUGCUCGCCGCCGGUCUCCGCCGCCACGCGGGCCGUCCUGACGCUCAACAGCUUCAGAAAGGGCAAAGACGGUGGCUAUCCCUCGGAGUGCGACAACGCCUACCAUGAAGACUCGGAGAUGGUCAUCGCCCUCUCCACGGGCUGGUUCAAUGGCAUGUCCCGCUGCGGCCACAACAUCAAGAUCACCGCUAGCGAUGGCACCUCCGUAUCCGCCAAGGUGGUGGACGAGUGCGACUCCAUGAAGGGCUGCGACGCGGAACACAACUACGAGAAGCCGUGCGCCUAUAACGUAGUGGAUGCUUCACCGGCGGUGUGGGACGCUCUAGGUCUCGACCAGAACGUUGGUAUGGUGGACAUCACCUGGUCAGACGAGUAG